UGUGAGUAUUUUUGACUCUUCCCCUCCAGCCUUUAUUCUGUCCCUUCCCUCUGAUCCCCUUUUCCUGCCUCUUUCUCCUCCACCCCCAUGAGUUGGUCUGUGGAGGGGUGCUGUAACGGUUCCAGGGAGAUAGAAUGACUCGCACCGCUUGGCCCCACUCUCUAGUUGACAUAACGUACAUCUACGGGAGGAGGCGGAGAAGCAGGAAAGAGGUCACGCUCUCAACCUGUGGCUUUCCGAAAGAGGUGCUAGCGAAGAAGCGCGAGGGGACGCGCUCCGAGGCGGAGGGAGAAGGGCACUGGCCUUUUAAUAAGAUUAUGCUUAUUUUCUGAAGUGAGUCUGUGUCAGACAAAAUAGGUUCUAAAAGUUACUGAAGAAUCUUUCGUUCCUUCAUUGCACCCGUAUUGGGAUUGUGCGUUGGGGGGCAUGUUUAGGGUAGGGGUGAGGGGAAGUCUGGGAAUCAUCCUGGCAGGUGUCUAGUCCUUGGAAGAAGUAUAGCAGACUCUAUGGGCUUUAUGGUCAGGCCCUAAAUUCCCUUUACCCCACUCGGUUUUAUUCUUACUGUGCGGUUGUCACCACUAAAAAGCGGAGGUUGGGUCUCAGUCCCUAUGCUCCCUGGAGUGAAACCGGAGGGGAUGCAAACUCCCCCGCUUCUCUAGCCGGUUCCCCUUUUGAAAUGUAGAGCAUUAGAGAUACCCCAGCUGCAAAUCCGUCUUCUUAAACUUCCGAAAUGCCGACGGGUUUAUGAGCAAAGGGCCUAGUUGUAAAGGAAAGGAGAUACGGGGUGUGGGGAAUGGACCAGAGAAGGUGAGGAUUGAGGACCAGGAUUGGUGGGGGCUUUGCAGCCCAGUAAAAGACAGAGCACAGCUUCUCGUAAGAUUUUGAAAGGACCAAGCUAGACGCUAGGGGUGCUGGAGAUGUUCCUAUCAUUACCCUUUUGUCUGCUGCCCAGGGAAAACUCAAAUAUCUCGGCUUCUUCCGGAGCAAAUUGUUACCUAAAUAAUACUAGUUUUAAAAAAAGCAAUCACAAUCACUACCUUCGUAGCCAUUGGUGUUAAAUUAAUCUAAGGAAAAGCAGGAUUUACAUAAUGUUCCUAUGAUGAUGUCACAUGGGGAGGAAAAGGACAAGAGAACUGCAAACUCUUGGAUAUGAAAUUAAGUGUCUAAAAUGGGAGAGGGGAAUGAUCAAAUUUCAAUUUUUUCUUAUGUGAAUCUCUCAGUAUACCAAACCAGAGCUUUUGGCCUUCUGAAAACACAGAGUUCCCUGACUAUUUAUUGAGGAGGGUUAUUAUUGUUAUUGUUGUUGCUGUCCUCAUUUGAAGAACACAGCAUUUUCCCAGGCUCAGGGACUGUGUAGAGAAUGUAGUAUUACUUAUGAAUGUUACUCAUAUGAUUUUAGGCAAUAGAGAGGGCUUCCAUACCUACAAAUCCCCAUACCUAGUAAAAAAAAAACUACAGGGAAAUUUGAAAAUCAUCUGGGAAGUAAGGAUGGGAAAAAAUAGUAUUAAAUAUCUCGUAAUGAAUGGAUUCUUAAUUUUUUCUGUUAUGGGCCCUUUGUCACUCUGCUGAAACCAAAUAGACCAACUUUCAGAAUAAUGUUUUUAAAUAGUUAAAUGAAAUAAUAAAUUCUAGUUAGACGUUAAUGAAAAUAAAGAUGUGUUUUUUUCCCAUCCCAGUUCACAGAGCCCCUGAAAUCUAACCAUUCAUUAUUUAGGGAUUUGUGGACUCCAGGUUUAGAACCUCAUCUCUAAUUAGACUCAGCCCCUUGACUCUCUUCGCUUUGGAGUCCAUCCUCUUAGCAGAGUAUGGAGAAAAGUUGAAGACAAUUUGCAGAUCAUUCCAGCGACUGCUUUACUCCUCCCUGUUUUUUCCUCUUUUCUGGAUCUCUUUUUUUGCCAAGCAGCCAGGUGGCUUGAAUGUAUGGUAGUUUAGACAUCAGUGACGGGAUGGGGUGCGGGCCUGAAACUGAGGAAUCAGAGAACCAUCUCUCUUUUCUCAUAGAAUAUUCUCUUUUCACUCAGUUCUUUUCCAAAUAGAGAAGAGUGGGGCUGCUGCAUCAUUUGGAUGAAUAUUUUAUUGUUUUACAUCACCCCUCGUUCGGAAAUGGAACGCCUUUGAUCUUUUUCUCAGGUUGUAAACGGAAUUGCCCAUCAUUAAAUACCCUCGGCCCCAUCUGCUUCACCUCCUUGCCUUUUUCUUUACAGCUGUUUCUCUCUUUUUACAAUAGACUUUUUAAAAAGGACUUUUAUGACACCCUCUCCCUUCCACUCCGUCGCCCUUUCGUUCCUCUGAGAAGCUCCAGAGAAAAUAACUAUCGAGAUAUUCGUUUGUUUGAGAGCUAAAGGAUAAAGCGGGAGAAGGGAGCCGUAGUUGUUCUAUAUGUUUUGGGUGGGUUUUUGUUGUUGUUGUUGUUAGGUUUGAGUUUUUUGGUUUUGUUUUGUUUUGUUUUUUGGUCUUCUGUUUUCCUUUUUUGAAAUGAAAAGUUCUUUGGGGGCGGAGGACGAGAGAGAGAGGGAAGCCAGAGGGUAUAAAUUUUGACUUUUGCUCCUCAGCCUUUGGGUGACCCUUCCUUCUUUUGUACUUAGCCAAUGUUUACGUCUCAUAAUUCAUGUGCCUGGGAGUUGAACAGCUUACGGUUUUAGCUCGCGAGCAUUUUCGAAAUCAUCCGCAUCUAUUUCCAGGGGUUGGAAGAGCAGUGACACCUCAAAAUACAGGCUAAGCUAACCGCCCUGCCGGGUCCUCACAGCGCCCUGCUCUUUCUUCACCUCUCAAACAAACAGGCAAAAAACCAAACCAAACCAAACCAAACCAAUCACUAUUCCCCCCCCCCCCUCAAUCCACGAAGACUGUGCUCAGAGUAAACGAACUGAAGGAUUUGUAUGCCAAGAAGAUCUCUCUGUCUUCUGUAUAUACCCUGUAGAUCCGAAUUUGUGUAAGGAAUUUUGUGGUCACAAAUUCGUAUCUAGGGGAAUAUGUAGUUGACAUAAACACUCCGUUCAUUUUGUUUUUCCCAGAAGAGAAAAUAGAGGAUAGAAUAAAAAGGAUCCAGUGAUGUAACCAGAAGGGCGCUCUUUUCUUUAAAUUCUGAGUGUCUACAUAUCUGUCUUUCUCAAUAUCUCCUUAUUGGAGGAGAUUUUUAUCUACCUGAGAUUUCAGCUCCUAGCCCUAGGGAACCCACAAUAGCCUGGCUCCUUCUCUCAUUUUACCUCUUUUUAGCUCUUUCUCAAGAGACCAGAGUUACAAAAAACAAAAAACAACAACAACAAAAAACCUCUUCCCCCCUCCCCCGUCUCUGUCUCUCUGUCUCUCUUUCUCUGUCUUACACAAGUAUAUAUUAUAUAUGUGGGAGGGGGCGGAAUCAGGGAUAAAAAAUACCAAAUGACGGAGGCUGUUGAGUUGGAAAAGGAAAGAGAUGGAAGCCGGUCUCCUCAAAUAUGUAUUUCUUUCUAAAGAGAGCGUAGGGUGAGGGAGUAAGUGUUUCUUCAACUUUCAGUUCAGAAUAAGAUGCUAUUUAAACACAAUUGAUAUAAACAAUUACAAAAGACUGGGAGGGUGUCACCCUUGGGGCUUCAACAGAUCACAUUAGACACAAUAUUAGCAUUCCUGUCCACACUAGCAAUAGUACUUCUCUGACUUAGUAUCUCUCAGAUGUAUCUGAUAUUAACAAAUUAUUGCUCGUUUAAUGCUCAAAGAUCCUGAUUUUCAUAUCCAGACUCCCUCUUUUUUUUUCUCUCUCUCUCAAAAAAAAAAAAAAAAAAAAAAAGGGCGCUUCUUGACGCUGGAGUAAGGUGGGGGAGUGAGGAGUGGGAGGAGUGGGUAUUGAGGGACAGACUGACAAGAUCAGCUUAAUAGAGCAGCUAAAUGCGAUUUGGAAGUCAAGGUAUCCCCGAAUUAGUGGAUGAAUUUUCUAUCGAUCCGCAACCAGUUCAAUUCAUCUCUGCCAGCCCCUUCAGCACACCCGGGCGGCUCCGACGUCUUGUCUCUCCCACCAUCACCCCCACCCCUUUCCUACACCCACUAGAGAAAGAAGAGAACUCAGCCGGAGAGACACCUUCCCAAUUCCCUUUCCCAUCUCCUGACUGAACUGCCCUCUCCAGAAAGAAGCUAGGGCUCCCCUUUCUACUCUUGGAUUUCAAAAAAGCCUUCCUGCUCCUUAAGGUGAAAGACAGUGGGCGAAGAUGAUGAGGGCAAAGAUUGAACCCCCCCAUCUUGGAGUGGAAGCUUCAGUGGGGGUACUCCCUUCGUCACCCCCAAAUUUUUCCUGUUUGCUCCCAGUCCCCAGAGACCCUGAAUACGGAGAGAAAGAAGGGGGGUAGAUCGCACAGGCAUUGGCCCUAUGUAAAUACUGAUGAUGGGGGUGAGGGUGGGGGGAGAGCAGAAGGGGGGAGAAAAAACCCUCUCAAUGCUGCAGCUCUUUGGCUAGAGUAGGGUCCGGGUGAACAGAUUUCCUUAUCCGGGAAUCGCCGCCGGAGCGGCUAUUGGCUCGGGGGAUCACGUGGCCCCCUAACUUAGUUCACUUGACAGUAAGUAGGUGGGCUUUCGGAAACAGGAAAACGAGUCAGGGAUCGGAAUAAAUUUUAGUAUAUUUUGUGGGCAAUUCCCAGAAAUUAAUGGCUAUGAGUUCUUUUUUGAUCAACUCCAACUAUGUGGAUCCCAAGUUCCCUCCCUGCGAGGAAUAUUCACAGAGCGAUUACCUACCCAGCAACCACUCGUCUGGGUACUACGGCAGCGGCCAGAGGCGAGAGAGCAGCUUCCAGCACGAGGCGGGGUACGGGCGGCGGGCGGCUUGCACCGUGCAGACCUAUGCGUCCUGUCAAGAGCCCGGCCACCCGCCGCCGACCGUGCUUUCCCCGAGGGCUCCAGUCCAGCCGCAGGCAGGGGCCCUUCUCCCUGAACCGGGCCAGCGCUGCGAGGCGGUCAGCCCCAGCCCCCCGCCACCGCCCUGUGGUCAAAACCCUCUUCACCCCAGCCCAUCCCAUUCCUCUUGCAAAGAGCCCGUAGUCUAUCCCUGGAUGCGGAAAGUUCACGUGAGCACCGUAAAUCCCAAUUACAACGGAGGGGAGCCAAAGCGCUCCCGGACAGCUUACACCCGCCAGCAAGUCUUGGAGCUGGAGAAGGAGUUUCACUAUAACCGCUACCUGACCCGGAGGCGGAGGGUGGAAAUCGCUCACUCCCUCUGUCUCUCUGAGCGCCAGAUAAAGAUCUGGUUCCAGAACCGCCGGAUGAAAUGGAAAAAAGACCACAAAUUACCCAACACGAAGAUCCGAUCAAGCACAUCGGGGUCCUCCGGAGGGGCCCAGAGUCGAGCCAAUGCAACCCCCACCUCACUAUAACGCUCCCUCUCAGGGAGGGGAGACUUUGGAUUUAUUGGGGUGGGAGUGGAGAUCAGUGGGAGGGUGAGGGGGGAGGAGAAAAAGUGGGAGGGCAGUGGUGCUUAGGACCAGGAAAUUUUGUCUCUGCAGAAAAUAAUAAUAAUAAUAAAGAAAAGGAGGGGAGGGGAAUUUUAUUUAUAGCAAGAAACAGAAGAGGGGGCAAAAGUGGCCCCCAGAAGCACAGAGUUCGUGGCUCUUGUUUUCUUCCAUUUUUUCUUUUUCUUUUUCUUUUUCUUUUUUUUUUUUUUGAGAAAAAAAAAGAGAGGUGGAGACGAAGGCUACAGAUACUAGUUUUCAGAUUUGGCGAAGAUGGAUCCAUGUUUCAUCUUUAAUCACGCCAACCUCAGGCCCAUUUGUCAUGCUCAGUCUGCCGGAGAGAGGACGGACUCUCUGCCUGCCAUUACCUCGACAACCAGCGCUCCCGCUAACAAAUGAGGCUCUCUUUCUUGAAGACUGACUGGAUUUUCGGUCCCCCCCUUCCCCACCCCUCCCUAUCCCAACCCAGGCAUCCAACCUGAGCAUAUUCAGACAACCAGAUAGAGCAGUUUUUUGUUUUGUUUUGUUUUGCGAUGGUUAAAGAAAAAAAAUUCUGACUCAUUUAGAAGUGUGUCUCUU